GGCAAUGAUAUUUAAUCGACAAAAUUAUAUAGAGGUCACCUUGAAGUUUUAUUUGAAUUUGAGUAACAUACAAAGUAUUUUAGAUCUGUUAUUAUCUAUUUGUUAGUGAAUAUAUUAAAAAAUUAAAUAUGGGAGGAAAAUGGUCAACUAUGGAUCCUUCUGAAGUUCAAGUUCCAGAAAUAAAUAUUUUAUUGGAAAGAGAUCCAUAUUUAAAACCUUAUGAAAAUGAGAUUCGCAAGAGGUAUGCAUUAUUUAAAGACUAUAUAGAAAAAUUAGAAACUGGUGAUGGCAGUUUAGAUAAAUUUUCAAGAGGUUAUGAAAUUUAUGGAAUUCAUAUAAAUGAAGACAAUAGUGUUGUUGCAAAAGAAUGGGCACCUAGUGCACAGGAAUUAUUUUUAACAGGAGAUUUUAAUGGUUGGAAUAGGACAAUUAAUUCAUAUAAAAAAUUAGAUUAUGGAAAAUGGGAAUUACAUUUACCUCCUAAUGCUGAUGGUAGUUGUCCAAUAAAGCAUCUUUCAGAAAUUAAAAUAAUUGUAAAAGACCAAAAUAAUGAAUUAUUGGAACGAUUAAGUCCUUGGGCUACAUAUGUCACACAAGAUAAAUCUGAAAGUGCUACAUAUAAACAACGUAUAUGGUAUCCAUUACCUGAAAAUGUUUAUAAAUUUAAAUAUUCCAAACAGAAGAAACCAAAAAGUCUUAGAAUUUAUGAAUGUCAUGUUGGUAUUGCAACUCAGGAAUUAAAAAUUGGUACAUACCUAGAAUUUGCUAAAAACAUAAUACCUCGUAUUGUAAAACAAGGCUAUAAUGCUAUACAAUUAAUGGCUAUUAUGGAACAUGCUUAUUAUGCUAGUUUUGGAUAUCAGGUAACUUCAUUUUAUGCUGCUUCAUCUCGUUAUGGUACACCAGAAGAGUUAAAACAAUUGAUAGAUACAGCGCAUCAAUAUGGUUUAUAUGUUUUAUUAGAUGUGGUACAUUCACAUGCAUCAAAGAAUACUUUAGAUGGUUUAAAUAUGUUUGAUGGUACUGAUGGUUGUUUUUUCCAUUCUGGCAAUCGUGGUCAUCAUCCACUGUGGGAUAGUAGACUUUUUAAUUAUGGAGAAUAUGAAGUAUUACGAUUUUUACUUUCCAAUUUGCGUUGGUACAUUGAGGAAUAUAAUUUUGAUGGAUUUAGAUUUGAUGGAGUUACAUCAAUGUUGUAUCAUUCAAGAGGAUUUGGACAAGGUUUUACUGGUCAUUAUGAAGAAUAUUAUGGACUUAAUGUUGAUGUUGAAGGUGUAGUUUAUUUAAUGCUUGCAAACUAUAUUUUACAUUAUUUAUAUCCAAAUAUGAUUACCAUAGCAGAGGAUGUUAGUGGAAUGCCUGGAGUUUGCAGGCCAAUUACUGAAGGUGGUUUAGGUUUUGAUUAUCGAUUAGCCAUGGCUAUUCCUGAUAAAUGGAUUAAACUUUUAAAAGAAAUAAAAGAUGAAGAUUGGAAUGUUGGAGAUAUUUGUUGGACAUUAACUAAUCGAAGAUGGAUGGAGAAAACAGUAGCUUAUUCAGAAUCUCAUGACCAAGCUCUUGUAGGUGAUAAAACAAUUGCAUUUUGGCUUAUGGAUAAAGAAAUGUAUUUUCAUAUGAGUACAUUAAGUUCACCUAAUGUAAUUAUAAAUCGUGGAAUUGCUCUUCAUAAUCUGAUUACAUUAAUCACACAUGCAUUAGGAGGUGAAGCUUAUUUAAAUUUUAUGGGUAAUGAAUUUGGUCAUCCUGAAUGGUUGGAUUUUCCACGAGCUGGUAAUGCAGAUAGUUAUCAUUAUGCUAGAAGACAAUGGAAUUUAGUAGAUGAUGAAUUACUUAAGUACAAAUUUAUGAAUAAUUGGGAUCGGGCUGUAAAUACUCUUGAAGCAAAAUAUGGAUGGCUACAUGCUGAACCUGGAUAUAUAAGUUUGAAACAUGAAGAGGAUAAAAUAAUUGUUUUUGAUCGUGCAGAACUUAUAUUUGUUUUUAAUUUUCAUCCAAUCAAAUCAUUUCCUGAUUAUACUAUUGGUAUAAAAACUGCAGGAACUUAUAAAAUUCUUUUGUGUAGUGAUGAUAAAAAUUUUGGUGGAGAAAACCGUGUUAAUACUAAUAUACAACAUUUUACGAAACCAGAAUCUUUUUCUGAUUAUUCAAAUAGUAUGAUGAUUUAUAUUCCUUGUCGCACAGCUAUUAUUUAUAUUCGAGAGGAACUUUAACAUUUUUAAAAGGCAUAGAGAGAAGAAUAACUUUAAAGUCACAUAAAAAUAAAAGUACUACCUAUUUUACCAAAGUGUUAAAUUUUAAGUAGAUAAAAAUCAAGAAAAAUAAAUAUAAUAUACAGUUUUAUUCCGAAAUAAGCAAUUCUUUUGAGAUUACUCAAUUUUGACUUAAUAUCGCUUUCUUCAUUCAAUAAAUGAAACAAAAAACUCGAAAUUGUGGCAAAUCAUAAAAUAAUAAAACAUAGUACAGUUAUUCUUCGGAAAAGAAUAGAAUAUAUGACAUACACUCUUGCUCUGUCAUUGAAUGAACAUAAAUGUUUAUAAUUUUUUGCUUUCACAAAUUAGUUUUCACAUUAGUUCUUGAUUUAAAAUAAAAGAAGAGGAGAUAGCAAAUUUAGUAAUUUAUAGCAAAAAAUAGUUGCUUAUUUCAGAUCAGAUGUAUUAUAUAUAUAUAUUUAUAUUUAUGUUAUAUUAUAUUAUAUAAAUAAUAUAUAUAAUAUAUAUAUAUAUAUAUAUUAUAGUUUAGACAAAUUAAUUGAUAUAAAAGACUUAAAAAGUACAAAUCAAAAUACUCAUGUAUAUAAUUUUUAAAAAUUAUAAAUCAGAGUUUUAU